CAACAACUGUUUGUAUUUAAAGCAAUGAAUUGCAAGUUUUGACCAAAAAAUAUAAAUUAUUGAAAAGUUUUUAUCCGAAGACACAUCACAUCCCAAACCCAUUAAGACAUCACCCGAUAGAUACAGACAGACAACAACAAAAUGACGACCAAAUCAUCGAAAGCCGGUAACUCUACCGAUAGAUCGCCAAUUCAUUGGGCGGCCAGCGAUGGUAACAAAGAAUUGGUCCGCAAACUGAUUGCCGACGGCGCCGAUAUUGAUGCUACCGAUGAGAUGGGUUGGACACCGUUGAUGAUUGCCUGUUCCGCCGGUCACUACGAUAUUGUCCAGACACUGGUCGAACAUAAAGCCGAUAUCAAUGCUGUCAACAGUACCGGCCAGUCGGCCCUACAUUACGCCGCCUCUAAGGACCGAUUGGAUAUCGCAAAGUAUUUGAUUGACAGCGGAUGUCAUAUCAAUCUAAGAGAUAAACUCAAUCAGACACCACUUCAUAGAUCCGCUUCAAGAGGUUUUCAUAAGAUUGUCGAUCUUCUGUUAGGUCAUCGGGACAUCCAAUUGAAUCCGCAGGACGUUGUCGGCAAUACACCGCUACAUCUGUCCUGUGAAGAGGAGCGCAUAGAAGUGGCCAAAACAUUGAUAAAAAUCGGUGCUUUGACUGACAUCCAGAAUAAGGAAAAAAAGUUUGCUUUCGAUCUCUGUAUUAACGAUUCAGUGAAGCGAUCGCUCAUUAAUUAUGCUAAAGAAUGUCAACAAACUUCAAAAACUUCUUAACUCUCUCUCUCUCUCUCUCUCUCUCUCUCUCUCUCUCUCUC